AUGCGUCUGAAGCUGGCGUACGACAUCCUGUCUGACUCCUCGUCACGUGCUCAGUACGACAUGAAUCUGAGGCAGCGAGCGGUGACUCCAGUGAAUAUUCGCCGGUCGCGACCUGGCCACGGGGCCUCGGCGGCGACGGCGGAUCGUCGCUCACCGAACGGGGGCGAUGAUUGGGGAAGCUGGGCGGCUUCCGCCAGGAGUAACGCCAGCAGGCCAACAGCGGCGGCGGCGGCGGCCCCGGCGGCUCCGCCGCCGCCGCCACCGCCCUCUGGACCGGCGUCGGGGGACGAUUGGACGUCUAUUUAUGCGCGCGUAGCGACGGGAUCUUCGAAUCGUGGUACGGCAGCCGCCACGUCAAGCUACGAUGACUGGUCACCCGCCGGCGGCCCGUUGUCGUCGGGGGAUGACCUGGAGUGGUAUUCGGACGUGGUGGUGGCAACAGCGGCAGCGGCGGCGGCGCCAUCAGCAGCGGCAGCUGCCAGCGCUGCUAACGGUGCUGCCGCCGCUGCCGCUGCAAAGCCCGCGUCCUUUUCCAGCGACGUAACGGCAGCUAGUACGACAGGCCAGACCCUGGCGACAUCGAAGGGCGACGACUUUGAUCUCUUCUCCACGGUUGCUGCUGCGGCGCCGACGGAGGCGGGCAGAGUUGCCGACACUAACACGGCCGCGGCAGCGGCGGCGUCACCUCCGUCAUCGUCACCGCCGCCGCCGCCGGCAGCGCCCCCGAUGGGGGAUGAUUUCGCGCUUUUUGCCAGCGUUGCGGCCGGUGCCACGCCAGCAGGCGGUGUCGCGGCGGCGGCGGUGACGACGACGCCGCGGCCCGCGCCGUCGGCACCACGCCGCCGUACAUCCCCAUCGUUCAGUGGUGCUACCUCCGUUUGGGAGAGCGUCAACAGGGGUAAGCCCUCCCCAGCGUCUCCUAAUGUUGCUACAGCAGCUGCAGCGCCAGCCGCAGGUCCUGUAGAAUCUGUACAGCCUGCCAACGCAGCAGCGGCGGUGGCAGCGGCGGCAGCCGUACCUGCCGUACCUAAUGCGGUUACCGACGCGGGGCGACUCUCCUCUCCGGAAGCCACCACGACACCGGAGGAGGCGGGGGGAGGCGAAACUCCUUCCGGUUCCGCACGCGGCGGUGUUCCUGCGAUGGCUACGAAAGAUGGCCACGCCGCUGCUGCUGCAGCGUCAGAGGCGCCGGCCGCCGCAGCUCUGGCCGCAGCACAGGCAGCGGCAGCCGCUGCCGCGGCGGCGGCAGCAGCGGCGGCAGCCGCCGCUGAUCCGAGCAAUCUAAAUGCCGCUGCAGCGGCUGCUGUCGCGGCACAGGCUGCCGCCGCGGCGGCGGCUGCAACUGCUGCUGCUGCCGCUGCAGCACAUGCUACAGCCGCACCUGUCAACGAAGCUAUCACUAGCAGCACCAAUAGCAACGCUAUUGCCAUUAGAGCCGAUGUGACGGAAGAACCAGGUAAACUAAGUGUCAGCGGCGGCCUGGCCGUACAGGAGAGGCCUGCACAACCGCCGACGGUGCAAGCGGCGGACCUGACGAAGGCGGCGAAUGCCGCGGAAGUCAACCUGAUGGGGGCGACGGAGGCGGUGGCGACGGAGGUAAUGGCGACUGCACCGCCUUCCCUGACGGCCUUAUCUCCGUCAGAUCGCGAGGAGACUGUCGCAGUAGCAGCCACCGCCGAAGCCGCCGCCGCCAUCAGUACUGUUGACGUGCUACAGUCGCACUCCUCAGUGGCUCAGGGAGCAGACCCACAUGGCCUAGCGAGGCGCCUGAUAUCGGAGGGUCCGGACGAAACUGGCUUGGCGGACGGUUCUUUAGGUACGGCAUCGCCGCCGCUGCCGACUGUUGGCGGCCCUGUGGACGCCGUUGCAGCGGCGGCGGCGGGGACCACAGUAAGCACCUCCGAUCAGGAACCCGCAGCAGUCGCCGAGCCAAACGAUGCCAGCCCAUCGCCGCCGCUGCCGCUACCGCAAUUGCACUCCGGCAUUUCGUACAACCCAUCCUCAUUGGCGGCGGCCCUUGCGGCUGCGUCGGUUGAGCCGCCGCGGCCGGCAGGCCUCCCCUCCGCCGGCCCUGGCGACGGCGCAAGCGACAGCGACCCGGUGACGGCGCCGCUGGGCACUACAGCUGGGCCGGAUUGCACCGCUGCCGCUGAUGCGCCGCUACCGUCAGACCAGCCGCCGACGCCGUCGCCGACGCCGCCGCCGGAUCAGGAUCGGCAGCAGGCAGAGCAGGGCACUCCUGAGGAGGACUCGCAACAGGAAGAGGCACCGGCGGCGGGACUGUCAUUCAGAGACGCGCUAGAGGCCAGUGAGGGCUGGCGUCGCAGCUACAGCCCCAUAAAGUCUGCGGGCAUUUAUUUCAGUGACCAAGGCCUCGGCAGUAGCAGCACCAGCAGCGGUGGCGGCGGCGGCGGCGCCGGUAGCAUCUUUGCGCAGCCAGCCAGCCAGCCAAAGAAGACCGACAGUGAGGCCAGUUUGCACAAGGACAGCACAAUGGGUGGUGCAAUUGGAGAGGAAAUUUCGAUGUGGAAAUUGUUGAGACAUGAAGAAUAUUUCAGGAUUGAGCCGCAAUCCCCUUUCCCCCAACCCUAUCCAACCCGUCAAGUGCAGCAGAAGUUGCGAAACUCCGCACCACUUAAACCGCUGUGCGGCUUAUACACGCCUUGA